ACACCAUAGUAACAUUGUCACCAGUACAGUACAUAUCUCUACCAGCUUUUCAGGAACAUCGUCACCUUUUGCAACCCAUCCAUGCCAUCUAUGCAAUGCUUCUAGCACCGGGACAAGGCAGAGCGAGAUCCAGACAGCGCAAGAAAGGCGCGACUUGAAAGACGAGAUACCGAUCAGUAGACAAGAAAGGGAGCAGUAGUCGGUGCCCAGGGAACACAGAUUCAACAAGCGCGAGCCACUCUGCCGUAAAGCGAAGGCCGUGGACGCCGGAGCGGGCUCUCACAAGCCAUGAGACUUGUUGCAAUCUUCCAACCAUUGAAGCGUCCUUUCCGCUAUCUGCGACGCCUCUUGCCGCCCCUCAACUUCAUUACCAUCCACUAUGCCUACUUCAUUCUCACAUGUCUCAUCAGCGCGAUCAUCUUGUGGGCCGCCGACACCGAUCGCGAUCUCCGCUUUAUCGAUGCUUUAUUUCUAGCGGUGAGCGCCAUGACAUUGGCUGGGCUAAAUACGGUCAAUUUGUCAACUCUGAACACGUUCCAGCAGUUCUGGCUGUUUCUCCUGAUCAUUAUCGGGUCUGCGGUACUAGUUUCAGCUUUCGUGGUCCAGAUACGCAAGCGAGCCUUUGAGACGAAGUUCAAAGACGUGGUCUUGAAAGAGCGGCAGAGACGAAUGGAGCGACGCAGCAGAAGCAGGUCAAGAGCAGGGAGCCGACGAGGACAGCCAGACGCUCAAGAUCAUCAGGAUCUUGUUCAGCCUGUUGACACUGCUCAAGAUGCCUCAGCAGACAUGGGCGACGCGGAGAAGGCCUCCAAAUCGGAGAUUUCUGUGGAGGGACCGGCUAUAUUGGAAACGCCUCCCAAGAAUCAUGGCAAUAUUGGUCGCUACUUCCAUUCGACAAGCGGCUGGAUUGGUAGAAACAGCGAGUUCCAUGGUCUUACUGAUAAGGAACGUCAGCACUUGGGAGGCUACGAGUACCGAGCGGUCUGCUUUCUUGCUUGGUUAGUACCUAUCUACCUUGUUUUGAUGCAGCUCCUGGGCUGCCUCGGAUGUGCUGCUUGGAUAGCGCGUAAUCGACCAGAGACAACAACUGCAAACGGCUUGAACCCCUGGUGGGUAGGCGCGUUCAACGCGGUUUCCGCAUUCAACAAUAGCGGUAUGAGUCUUCUGGAUGCGAACAUGACCGCAUUUCAGACAGGGUACUAUCUGCUGAUAACCAUGGGCUUCCUCAUUCUUGCCGGGAACACAUGCUACCCGAUCUUCCUUCGACUGAUCAUCUGGACAAUCUACAAAGUCGUGCAGCGACUGGCACCACGAUCCGAAGAGUGGGCUGAUCGAGCGAAGAUGCUGAAAUUCCUGCUGGAUCACCCGCGUCGAUGCUAUACGAACCUGUUUCCUUCCCGGCAUACAUGGUGGCUCCUCGCCUCGGUCGUGGCGCUAAAUCUGAUCGACUGGAUCGGCUUUGAGGUUAUCAAUAUUGGAAACAAAGCUAUCGAGCAAUUACCUUUGGGCGUACUAGUUAUCGACGGCCUCUUUCAGGCGUUUGCUGUUCGAAGUGGUGGAUUCUACGUCGUGGCCAUCAGUCAGGUCCGUAUCGGCCUGCAGGUCCUAUAUGUUGUGAUGAUGUACAUCUCAGUGUACCCGGUCGUCAUUACAAUGCGCAACAGCAACGUCUAUGAAGAGCGAAGUCUCGGCAUUUACGCCGAAGACCUACCCGAAAAUGAUGGACGAGCCAAUGACCAACCCGGGUUCCUCAGGCAGCUCACUCAACAUUUCGUCUCAGGCGGAGCGUCCAACUCGGAAUCCAAUUCCAGCUUCGUACGCCAGCAACUUCGAGCGCAGUUGGCCCACGACGCUUGGACUAUCUUUCUUGCACUGUUUGCUAUCAUCAUCAUCGAGACUGCCCAAUUCGAUCGAGACCCGAAUGUUUUCUCAGUCUUCAACUUCCUGUUCGAAAUCGUGUCUGGAUAUGGAUGCGUCGGCAUUUCCCAGGGCAUUCCGUGGGAUGCAUAUUCCUUCUGUGGAACCUGGCAUACUGCAAGCAAGUUGAUUCUGUGCGGAGUUAUGCUUCGGGGAAGGCAUCGAGGGUUGCCGGUUGCAAUCGAUAGAGCUGUGUUGCUUCCCGGCGAGGAAAUUGAGCAGGCUGAAGAAGACGAUGGACGCAUCCGGCUGCAGAGAACGAUUAGUCGGGGAAGAUCAACUUUGCAGCAGCAGGACGUUUAGCAGGUCAAGAUUAGAAGCGAUGGUCUCAAGGCUACACAUCCGAUGUAGCGUAUGGGGUGUGUUUGACGACCUGGUUCUAUGCUCAGCUCGCUUAGGAAGAUCAAUUGACACCUUCUCUUAUCGUACAUAGCCGAGCACAAUACCGUAUUCAAGAUGA